GAUAUUGGUCAUGAAAAAUUUUCCAUUUUCAUCUGGAAAACCUGGAAAAGUUAGGAAAUUUUAAAAUUUUAUUUUCUGUGGCAACCCUGUAUUUAAUACACAAACAAAGAAGAAAUAUUAUUUGUAUAACAUGUUAGGUUUUAGGAGUCGAUGAUGGUACAAAUAAAGUACAAGUUGGAACUCCAUUUUCGUUAUACAUGAAAGCGAUAACGGUUGUUAAUAACAAGCAUAGAUAUCAAAAUAAAAGUUCUAUGAGCACUGAAAUUUCUUUAAAAAAUUAUUUAGCUAUACAGGACAUAUAUAAAAAAUCAAAUCUUUUUGCAUUAUUAGUACAUUCGUUAUGUCCUAAUAUAUAUGGCCAUGAGAUAGUUAAAGCUGGAUUGAUAUUGAGUUUAUUUGGAGGUAAUGCAAAACGUACGCAAUUACGAGACGAUAUACAUAUUCUGUUAGUCGGAGAUCCUGGUCUUGGCAAAUCGCAGAUGUUACAAGCUUGUGCUCGAAUAUCUGCAAAAGGUGUAUACAUCUGUGGCAAUUCAAGUACAUCCUCUGGAUUAACAGUAACUCUUACAAAAGAAACGGGAUCAAAUGAUUUUGCUUUAGAACCUGGUGCUUUAGUUUUAGCAGAUCAAGGUUGCUGCUGCAUUGAUGAAUUCGAUAAAAUGUGCUCUCAGCAUCAAGCAUUAUUAGAAUCAAUGGAACAACAAAGCAUUACUGUUGCAAAAUCAGGUGUAAUAUGUUCCCUUCCUGCACGGAUAUCAAUUCUGGCAGCGGCUAAUCCUAUUGGAGGCCAAUAUGACAAAAGCAAAACAUUAAAUGAAAAUUUGCAUAUAAGUCAACCUAUUCUCUCACGAUUUGAUUUAAUUUUUUUAUUAUUAGAUAAACCAAAUAAGGUAAAUAUUCAUAAAUAAAAUAUUAGUGCAAUAUA